AACACCUUUCUUUCUUUUGUGUUUGUGACUAACUAGGAAAGCACACACACAAACUCUCUCUCUCUCUGUUCUUUCAAAUCAGUUACCAAUACCUUUCCUGUACGGUUGAAUACCUUCUCUGUUGGUGACUCACAUUCUUUGUGAUCAUCGAAUCCCAAUUUUCUUCGUCAAAGUUUGUAUCUUUUGCUAGUUUCUUCUUCCCCACUAAAAAAGCUUGGAACUUGCCAUUUACUGCUUCGGAGAUUUGAUAUUAUUUCGUCUCGGUUUGGAGAAAUUAAAAAUGUGGGGUUUUCUGCUAUAUUAUAUGAUUGUAAAUUUGAUAACUUCGUAUAAAAAUCAUACUCCUUGCGUUGUAUUUUUGGUUGCUGUUAAUGUAUAUGGGGUGGAUGAAAUGGCGUAGUGCAUCUGCAUUUUUGUGUGACCGCAAAAUUCCCCUGAAGUUAAAAGGAAAAUUCUAUAAAAUGGCAGUACGACCGGCAAUGCUAUAUGGAGCGGAAUGCUGGCUAGCACAUAGGCAACAUGAGCAUAAGAUGGGAGUAGCAGAGAUGAGGAUGUUAAGGUGGAUGUGUGGGUACACAAGGAUGGAUAAGAUAAGAAAUGAAGAUAUUCGACGAAAGGUCGGAGUAGUACCGGUAGCCGAGAAGAUGAGAGAACAUAGAUUGAGGUGGUUUGGGCACGCGAUGAGAAGACCCAUGGAUGCUCCUGUAAGAACAGAAGUUUGUUACCAAGAGCUAAACACAAAAAGAGGCAGAGGUAGGCCGAAGCUUACUUGGGGGAAAGUAGUAAAACAAGAUUUAAUGGAGUGGGAUAUAGAUUGGCGGACAAUAUGUCUUAGAAAGGAAUGGAGAAAAGCUAUAAGUAUGGUGGAGGGUUAGACUCGCUGUUAUUCCUAUGUUCCAGAUGGUCUUUUUUUAGUCCUUUUCCCCUUCAUUUCCCCCACUUCUUCUUGUCCCUUUCUUUUUUACUUUUAUUUAUUUAUAUAUACAUAUAUUUUUAUUUUAUUUUAUUAUUUUAUUUGUGUAUUUUUAUUUAUUUAUUUAUUUAUUUAUUUUUUUUUAUUUUUUUUCAACCGUUUUGUAUCUUUCAUGUGGGUUCAUCUACCCCAAUUAAUUUGGGAUAAAUGUGUUGUUGAUGUUGAUGUGAUGUUGAUGUUAAUGUAUAUGGGGGUCUGAUGUGAAUCUACGAUUUCUUAUUCCCUUGAGUUUCAGCCCCUACUUCUAUUGGAUCUUGCAUUAUCCUUCAGUGAUUCGCGAAGUGUGUGACUGACACUGUGUGCGGAGUGGGUCUGCUUCGGUUUUAAAGAUGAAGGUUACUUUGGUUUCUAGGAGUGGAAGAGAAAUCGUUAAAGGUGGCAUUGAGCUCAGCGAUUCUGCUACUGUAGCAGAUCUGCAGGAGGCAAUUCAUAGGCGAACCAAGAAGUACCCAUCAAGGCAGCGCUUGACGCUUCCUGUCCAACCAGGAUCAAAGGAAAGGCCUGUUGUUCUUCAUUACAAAAAGAGUCUGAAAGACUAUACAAAUGGAAAUUCAGAAACCUUAACUGUAGUAUUCAAGGACUUAGGCCCUCAAGUUUCAUAUCGUACGCUUUUUUUCUUUGAGUAUUUGGGACCUUUGCUCCUCUAUCCAGUCUUCUAUUAUUUCCCUGUUUACAAGUAUUUUGGCUACAAAGGUGAACGUGUCAUCCAACCCGUGCAGACAUAUGCCAUGUACUACUGGUGUUUCCAUUAUGCCAAACGAAUUCUGGAAACAUUUUUUGUGCAUCGCUUCAGCCAUGCAACCUCACCCCUUUCCAAUGUGUUUCGCAACUGUUGUUAUUACUGGACCUUUGGCGCUUAUAUUGCUUAUUAUGUGAACCACCCACUGUAUACCCCUGUAAGUGACCUCCAGAUGAAGAUUGGGUUUGGGUUUGGGAUACUCUGUCAAGUUUCAAAUUUCUAUUGCCAUAUUAUACUGAGGAAUCUUCGCAGACCUGAGGGAGAUGGUGGAUAUCAAAUCCCAUGUGGCUUUCUCUUCAACAUCGUUACCUGUGCAAAUUAUACUACAGAGAUCUAUCAGUGGUUGGGCUUCAACAUUGCAACGCAAACUGUUGCGGGUUAUGUUUUUCUUGUGGUUGCUACUUUUAUCAUGACCAAUUGGGCUUUUGCAAAGCACAGGCGCUUGAAGAAGUUAUUUGAUGGAAAGGAAGGGAGACCCAGGUAUCCUCGUCGAUGGAUAAUAUUGCCCCCAUUCCUGUAGAAGCUGAAGCCAUUUAUGAGGCCACCGCUAUGUGCUAACAGGAUUCUGAGAUUUAGAAUUGUAGCACAAUGAAAUUGUAGUGAUUUAUUCUUAUUAAGAAUUUGUUUUUCAUUGCUUUUGACUAUGAACUUGGUUUCCAAAUUAUUGAAGCAGUGUUUUGCAGAAUAUUUGUAAUCAUUUUUAUAUGAUAGUAC